UGGCAACACUGGUGAAAAGCUGUAUCGCUAUUGUGGUGUUGAUUGCGGUGUUCCUUGCCAAAAAAAUCAUAACCUAAAUUUACGUCAGAGUGACAAAAGAAAACUGCGUUGUGUUGUUGGACAGAAAUUUCGCGGAAAAUAAAUACACAUUUUUGUUUACUGACUACACCUACCUGAAAAAUUACCAGUGUUAUUGCUCAUAUCCUUUUGAUAAGUUAUUUGACGCAGUACAAGCGCUCGAUCAUGCAGUAUAUUCGGAGUAAAUUCACCAAUUUUACUUCGUAUUUCGUGAAGAGGGUAGAAGAAAAUGAGGGAAGAAAAAUCAGCAAAUGCGACAUAUGUUGCGAACAAAUUUACAAAGUCCUGAAUUGGGAGAAUCCAAAACAGACGUUGACCGUGUUUUUGGUAACAUUAUUUUUAUUUUGGAUUGUGGUCCAACUCCAGAUCAAAUUUUUUGGUAUGCUAUUUUUUGGACUAUUGAUUGCAUUUUUACUGGAUGCUUAUUAUGAUACAAAGGAUUUGACUAAUCAUUCAUUGGAGCAUAUAGAGGCAUUUGAAAAGUUUCACCAUCUGAUUCAAGAUGUUGUGCUCAACCUUAGAGCAAUUCGCAAAGAGAGUCCUUCUUCUUUCUGCAUUGGAAUGUCCUUAAUCUUCCUAGUAAUGACUGUUAUUGCAAACAGUAUGUCUGGAUACAUGCUGACCUAUCUAACAAUUUUGGCAAUAUUUUUCCUACCGCUUGGAUUUAAAUGUCUUCCCGAGGAGCAUGUUGGUACUCUGAAGAUUUUAUGUAGAUCAAUCCUUAAUCCAAGAGGUCAUGUGGCUGAAGAAGAGCUAAUUCCAUUCAUUUGUAACAAAGAUUUUGCCAACAGAGACAAUGAUGAUGUUGACAGUUUGCUAACUGACAAAACAGCAGAUUCUGCUUCAAAUUCGUUGAUAAGCGGCCUAAGUCAAAUGCCUUCCUACCUUGACGUCGCCGAAAUCCAGAAUGAUAUUGAAGAGGAGGAUCUUAUCCCUCAUACUAGUUCAGCUGUCUCUUUUACCCCAGGGGAGCUCUCGAGUGAUUCCGACUCUGAACGCAGGGAUAUACAUUUUGAAGCAGCCCAUUUUAAUGGCGAUAGUUCCUCUGAAGAGGAGAAACUGAUGGGCAGGGAUUUGAGGUUUGCGGCAAUUGAAGAAGUCAUAGCUGAUGGUGCAAAAGAACAGGGAGGAAUAGGCGGGAUGCUAGGAAGCAUAGUUUCCACUGUAAGCAGCAAUUUAGUAGGAAACAUACUCAAAUCAAACGCACCUCAGGCUCAGAUAGAAAGAAAAAACAGUAGUAGUGACAGCGAGUUCGAAAUUAUAAAUACUGAAGAUGUUAAAGAAUAGAUGUUACUCAUAUUCUAUAAAAAUUAUAUAGCGUAUAGGGCGAUUCAUUAAUAUAAAGAAAUAGGUCGGGAUAAUUAGUUUCUAUUACAUGGGUGAUAGGAUAUAUUAUGUUUUGAGGUGAAAUCCAAACAGGGUCAAGGUGCUGUCGAUAUUUCCUAGGAUAUGCUAGAAAACAAAAUGCAGUUUUUUUGUUUUGAUUUGAAAUCAUCAAACAUAUCAGAUCAUCAAACUGAAAUUCCGUUGUCUAAAAUAAAGAUCUCUAAUUUAUAGUGAGAAAUAAUAUUUAAAAUAUUAACAUCCAUUUUUUGCGAUGGAUGUGAAUGUACAUUUAUGUUACCUAUAUUUUUGGAUCGCUCUGUAAAUGUGUGAUAUGUAUACUUAGGUACAUUUUAUGAAGGGAAAAUAAAAAGAUAAUUUAUUUUAUUACAAUUGUGAUAUACAUACGUAGAUCGUGUUUUAGUUUUAUUUUAUUUUUUUCGGCCGUUUCCGAAAUCGUGAGAGUUGAUAUUAGUUUUUAAUCAUUAACAGGGACUUUUUUGUUUAAUUGGAGUGCUGCUCACCUAAUACACUACUUAACUUUUUGGAUAAUGUAGAAUAGAUGCGUUGAAAUAAAAUGCAAAUGAACGCUUCAAA